AUGACUGAACUACCUCAAAAUAUAUCUUCUUUCGAACGUGUCAAGGAGGCAGCUUCUUACAUAAAGGAACGCCUGCCCUCCUCCCUCCAAAGCCCGCGUGUUGCAAUUGUUUGUGGAACUGGCUUAGGAGGCCUUGUGCAUACAGUUGGGGAUACACCCCGAGUGGAAUAUGACUACUCUUCUAUACCAUAUUUUCCCCAGCUUACAGGCAAGUCUGGCUCCAGCGAAACAUCACUCCCAUACGUCUCUUUUACCGGACAUGCGGGGAGGCUUGUGUUUGGACUUCUUGGUCAGAAGGUUCCUGCUGUUCUAAUGCUUGGUCGCGCACAUUAUUACGAAGGACAUUCUAUCGAUAAAGUAACGUUUCCUGUCCGAGUUUUGAAGCUAUUGGGCAUCGAUACCAUAGUUUUGACCAAUGCUGCCGGUGGCCUGAAUCCUGAGUAUGCGGUAGGAGAUCUCGUGUUGUUGAACGACCAUAUUUUCAUUGCCGGUUUGGCAGGCACACAUCCACUACGCGGCCCAAAUGCGGAGGAGUUCGGUCCUCGGUUCCCCCCUUUGUCAGAUGCCUAUGACCUCGAACUUCGCCGUUACGUGCAUAAAGCGUGGAAAACCGUUAUACCAUCGCAAAGCAAACGGAGACUGCAUGAGGGAGUCUAUGCGUUCGUUGGAGGUCCAAGUUAUGAAACUAGAGCCGAGUGCCGUAUGCUUCGUCAACUCGGAGCAGACCUAGUUGGCAUGUCGACUGUACCAGAAAUAGUUGCUGCUAGACAUUGUGAUCUGCGAGUCAUCGCACUCAGCCUUGUAACCAACAAGGCCGUACUGUCUCCUGUGCCUCGAGGAGAUGACCAUCUCCUCGAGAAGAAGGAGGCAGAGGAGCUUGAUGCUAUACUGCAGGAGGGGAAAGCCAAUCACGAAGAGGUCCUCGAAGCAGCUCGCUCUGCAGCCCUUGAUAUGCAAGACCUUGUGCAAAAAACCGUCCAGGAUAUCUUCCAGCAACAUUAG